AUGUCCUUCCCAACAACACUCUCCAGCGAGAAGCCCUCAAACUCAAACAUCGAGCCCAAUCCCGCCACAGAGCCGUCUACUUCAUCAGCAUCUCAGACGAUCACGACGGAUACGGCGAAGCCUAAGAGUGAAGCUGAAGAAGCAGCUGAUAGGUUGUAUGAGGAGAGAAUAGAGGAGGAUGCAGGAGCUGGAGGCGUUGGGAUGACACCAGAGAGGAUCAUUGUGUUGAGCUUGAUACCUCUCCGUCUACUUAGUUUGACUGAAUAA